AUGGACCAUGAAGUUGAUGAACAGGCUCUGGCUCUGGCCAGCCACCCAUCAGGUGAUGACUGCGGGGCAGAGACCAAGGAGCUCUCAGUCAUCUCCAGACAAGAGACUGACGCGAAUUUGGAUGUUUUGAUCGCCGAAUUGGAGGAGGAAGAUGGCAGGGAUCCGGAACCCAAAACCCUUACGGUCGGCUCGAAUGCAGACAAAGAUGCCUCUUCCGAGGACCAAGAUACAGACCCCAGCACAGGCCUGGAUGACGCUAGAGUGGAAGCUUUACGCCGCACACAUGGUUGGAAUACUCUAAAAGAAGAGCACCAGAACAACUUUGUCAAAUUUCUUCUCCUGUUUGUCGGGCCCGUGCAGGGUGUGAUGCAGGUCGCAGCAAUUGUUGCCAUCAUCCUGCAAGACUGGAUUGAUCUUGGAAUCAUAUUUGGGUUGUUGUUGCUCAACGCUGUUGUCGGCUUUGCUCAAGAAUAUACUGCUGGGAAUAUCGUCGAAAGCCUGAAAAAGGGACUUGCACUGGAAGCCAGGGUCAUUCGGAAUUCAAAAGCAGAUAAUAAACCAGUAAAAGAGCUGGUUCCAGGUGAUAUCGUUCUUCUUGAGGAUGGCUCAGUUGUUCCAGCGGAUGGUAUCCUUGUUUCUCAGAGUGCCCAUCUCCAAGUUGACCAAUCCUGUAUCACCGGUGAAUCCCUUGCCGUGGACAAGUACACAAGAGACAAAUGCUUUUCAUCCUCAAUUGUCAAGCGUGGAGCUGCAUCUAUGGUUGUGACACAUAUUGGAGACAAUACUUCGGUUGGGAAAGCUGCAGCCAUUGUCAGGGAAGCAGCUCAUAUCAAAGGCCAUUUUACAACUGUUCUUGACGAAAUAUCACACAAAAUUCUCGCUCUCGUGAUAUUGUCUCUCCUUCUGGUGUGGAUAGCCUCCUUUUAUCGUUCCAAUGCGAUCAGACAAAUACUGGAGUUCACCCUGGCCAUCUCAGUAGUUGGAAUUCCAGUUGGUCUUCCUGCAGUUGUGACCACAACUAUGGCUGUUGGUGCGGGUGAACUGGCAAAGAAAUCCUGCAUUGUCCGGAAAUUGUCCGCGAUAGAAUCCCUGGCAGGUGCAGAGAUGCUCUGCUCCGAUAAAACAGGCACCUUGACUCGGAAUAAACUGGCUCUUGGAGAGCCCUUCACGUUACCUGGUGUUCACAGAGAUGAAAUCAUUCUCACUGCCUGCUUGGCCGCCAAUCGGAAGAAAAAAGGCAUUGAUGCUAUUGACCGUGUCUUUGUCAAAGCACUGAAGUAUUACCCUGGACCAAAGGCUCUAAUCAGUCAGUAUGUGACAAUCAACUUUUUUCCUUUUGACCCUGUUUCAAAGAAGGUCACAGCUAUUGUGAAAGGCCCAACUGGUGAGGAAAUGACUUGUGUGAAAGGGGCUCCACUCUCGGUUUUACGGACGGUCCAGGAGGCGAAUCCAGUUCCUGCGGAUAUCGAAAAUGCAUACAAGGAGAAGCUCACUGAGUUUUCAAACCGUGGAUUUCGUGCAUUGGGUGUAGCUCGGAAGAUUGGAUGUGGCCCUUGGCAGAUUCUUGGUAUCGUGCCCUGCUUGGAUCCCCCACGAGAGGAUACUAAACAGACCAUUGUGGAGGCAAGGCAAUUGGGUCUUUGUAUCAAGAUGCUCACUGGUGAUGCUGUUGGUAUUGCACGCGAGACAGCACGUCAACUGGGACUCGGCACAAACAUCUAUAAUGCUGAGAGACUCGGGGUGACUGGUGCUGGGGAUAUGCCUGGAUCUGAGAUCAAUGACUUCGUGGAGGCUGCGGAUGGAUUUGCCGAAGUAUAUCCAGAACAUAAAUAUAAAGUAGUGGAGAUUUUACAGCAACGUGGAUACCUUGUUGCCAUGACAGGUGACGGGGUAAACGAUGCCCCAUCACUGAAAAAGGCAGACACUGGUAUUGCGGUUGAAGGCGCCUCUGACGCUGCCAGAACUGCGGCUGACAUUGUCUUCGUCCAACCUGGACUCUCCAACAUCAUCCACGCCAUCAAGUGCUCUCGUCAAAUCUUCCACAGGAUGUACGCCUACUUGAUUUACCGUAUCGCCUUGACGCUCCAAAUGGCUGCGUUCUUGGGUUUAUGGAUAAUCAUCUUCAACAACACUCUUGACCUGCGCCUGGUCUUUCUCAUCGCCAUGUUCGCCGAUAUCGCCACCCUUACCGUCGCUUACGACCGUGCCCCUUACUCCGAGUCUCCCGUCAAAUGGAAUAUUCCCAAGAUCUGGGGAAUUUCAGUUAUUCUCGGCGCUGUCUUGGCUACUGCAUCUUGGAUUGCCCUCGGUACCAUGUUGUUGCGGGGAGAGAAUGGAGGCAUCGUGGAGGGCUACGGUGCCCAAGAUCCUGUUUUGUUCCUUGAAAUCACCCUUACCCAGAGUUGGCUCAUCCUCAUCACGCGUCUUGGUUCCCACCAUCAGCACCCCAUGCCGUGGAAAAGUGUGCCAUCUCCUCAGCUCAUCUUGGCAAUCUUGUUCGUCGACAUCACAGCCACCCUGAUGUGCAUCUAUGGGGUUUUCGUUCAUCAAGAAACCUCCCUCCUUACCAUCGCUCGAGUCUGGGUAUUUUCAAUUGGAGUUGAGCUCGUCUGUGGUUUUCUUUAUGUGGUGCUUCACCGAUCCCAGAAGUUUGACGACCUCAUGCACGGGCGAAGCCUCCGACGCAAAAUUGGGCAGAGAGCUGUGGAGGACUUCGGUGAGUCUGACAUGGACUCGCUGUGGGAGCUCUCCCAGGUAGAUCUUGAGGAACUUGAGGCAGUCGCUGAUUGCUUUGACAUAGUACUCUCUCUCCACCGAACUUCCACGGCCCACGAGCACUCCAACUAA